UUGUCUGGCGAAUUCGGAAGUGGUGGGACCCCUGCUUGACUCUGGCAUGCCAAGGGUUAAUCCAAGAUGGUCGGGUUUACGGGUUCAUGCUUUGUAUGUUUUAAAAUGAAGGUGUCACGUAUCGCAUGGUUAUUAUGUAAAAGAACCGAGGUGAGGAGGCAUACAGUAUGUAGAACAUUCACCAGUGGAUCCACCACCCGACAACAACAGCUAUCAAGCGCGAGGGGUAGAAUUUGUAGGUAUUCAACUGAAUCUUCAAUCAAUGGUUGUACGGCCCUGUUGUACAGAAACCACGGCGACCCGUCUCAAGUUGUUCAGUUGGAGAGCAUGGAGCUUCCCUCUGUUGGUGCUAAGAGUGUCCUUGUAAAAUUGUUGGCAGCCCCCAUCAACCCUUCUGACAUAAACAUGAUCCAAGGUUCCUAUGCCAUCCUACCUGACCUUCCAGCAGUAGGAGGAAACGAGGGGGUGGGCCAGAUCCUGGAAGUGGGCAGCCAGGUGAAAGCACUCAGACCAGGGGACUGGGUGAUCCCAAGAGAUGCUGGAUUAGGGACGUGGAGGACAGCAGUAGUUUUAGCUGAAAAUGAUGUGAUCUCUCUGCCCAAUGACAUCCCCCUGUUGUCUGCAGCCACACUGGGCGUUAACCCCUGCACUGCCUUUAGGAUGCUCUCUGACUUUGAGGAGCUGAAACCAGGUGACACAGUGAUCCAGAAUGCAGCCAACAGUGGUGUGGGUCAGGCUGUCAUACAGAUCGCUGCUGCAAGGGGGAUCCAAACCAUCAACGUGGUCAGAGACCGGCCAGACCUCACACAGCUUAUUGACAGGCUGAAGGCUAUGGGCGCCAGUCAUGUGAUCAAAGAGGAGACCCUGAGGCGGCAUGAAAUGAAGGAACUUUUCAAGACCUGUCCAAGGCCUAAGCUGGCACUGAACGGAGUUGGGGGAAAGAGUGCAACAGAACUUCUCCGUCACUUACAAGUUGGAGGGUCGAUGGUGACGUAUGGAGGGAUGGCCAAGCAGCCAGUCACUGUUCCUGUGAGUGCCCUGAUUUUCAAAAAUGUGAAAGUCAAAGGGUUCUGGGUCACCCAGUGGAAGAGAACCCACUCUCAGGAUGAGGGGGCCUUACGGGGAAUGCUGGAUGAGCUCUGCUCUCUGAUCCGCCAGGGAAAGCUGACCGCACCUGCCUGUUCUGAGGUAGGCCUCCAAGACUUCCGGAAAGCACUGGACACUGCCAUGCAGCCGUUCACCUCAGCCAAACAGGUCCUGGUCUUGUGACCCCUCUUUUGACCAGCCCCAGCCUUUCUCAGGGUCAUGUUCAUUAGGUACAAAUGGAAGAAAACGGACAGAAACAGGACGGAACUACCGGACCUUGUCCAAUAAGAAACAUUGUUUUGCACUGGGUGCCCAAUUGAAUACGACCCUGCAUACAAAACGAAGUCCCGGCACGUUCAACGGGUGCAGCCCCAAGACUGCUGCUUCAUCAUUGUCGGAAAUGCGUUGCUCAAGCACACGUUCAAUAAAUGUGUGUUUUCCGUAGUGGCUCAAAGUCCACUAUAUAUAUUAUCAUCACCACUUUAAGUCAUAUUUCCUGACAACAGUUAAUGGAAAUUAUUUCAGAAUGGUCAUGGAUUCCUUGACAACUUAUGUAUUGUCGACAUGUUUAUUUCUCCUGAAUGGUAACAUUGUUAUAUCCUGGUCCCAGAUCGGUUUGUGCUGUCUUGGCGACUCCUAUGGAUAUUACUAUGCAAGACGGCACAAACAGAUCUGGGACCAGGCUAACGUGGUUAUGCAACACAUGGUGUUCUGGUAAAACACUAAACAUUUGUCAAAGAUUAAGCUACUUUUAAAGAGUUCAAAUUACUUGUUGUAUGGACACGAGCAAAUACCAUCACGAUGCAUGUUAGACAGGUUUAUUGCUUUAAAAACAAUAGUGCAGGGUCCAACUAGAGCUGUUACACUGACCAUGUUAAAUUCCAUGUGAACAUUAAGUUGUAGUAACUACUAGGCUUCUCUAAGCUCUGAUGUUGCUGAUGGUCAUUAGUAGUCUACCAAACUUGCUAACUGCCUGGUGCCUCAUCACUCUGACAUCAAUAAAAUUUAUCAAAUCAAA